CCCAGCAGAAACCUUCACUGUAAACAAUGUAUUCAUCAAAUCUACCGACUUGGGUCUCAUCAAAACCUUCAAAUUCCACCAAAAAUCAACUUAUUUACCAAUUUAAACAAAUCCCAUUUCUCCAAUUUUCCAAUAGAUUACCCCCGAAAAGCCUCUCUCGAUCUCCUUCACCCUUCCCUCAGAUCCAUUGCCGCCUUCGAGAGCUCCGAAAACGAAUCGAAACGGUGAAGAGCACUCAAAAAAUCACUGAAGCAAUGAAGUUGGUGGCGGCUGCAAGGGUCAGGAGAGCUCAAGAAGCUGUAAUCAACGGUAGGCCUUUCACCGAAGCUUUGGUGGAGUUCCUUUACACCGUUAAUGAUAGUUUACAACGUGAAGAUGUUGAUUGUCCUUUAACUGUUAUUAGGCCUGUAAAGAAAGUAGCUUUAGUUGUUAUAACUGGCGAUCGAGGUCUUUGUGGAAGUUUCAACAAUGCAGUGAAAAAGGCGGAGUCCCGGAUUUCUGAAUUGAAAGGUCUUGGAUUGGAUUAUGCUGUUAUUAGUGUAGGAAAAAAGGGUAAUUCUUAUUUUAGGCGGAAAGACGAUGAUUUGGUCGAUAGAUUUGUUGAAGGAGGAGGGUUUCCUACUGCCAAAGAAGCUCAGAUGAUUGCCGAUGAUGUUUUCUCGUUGUUUAUAAGUGAAGAGGUCGAUAAGGUCGAGCUUGUGUAUACGAAGUUCGUAUCUUUUGUGAAGUCAGCUCCUGUGAUUCGGGCUUUGCUUCCGUUGUCGGUGAAAGGUGAGGUUGUCGAUGUGAAUGGCAAUUGUGUUGAUGGUGUGGAAGAUGAGUUGUUUAUGUUGACAACCAAGGGAGGGAAGCUGGCUGUGGAGAGGAAUAAAGUGAGGGUGGAAGGAGGGGGAAUUUCUCCUCUUAUGCAGUUCGAGCAAGAUCCGGUUCAAAUUCUCGAUGCUAUGAUGCCCCUUUAUUUGAAUAGUCAGAUCUUGAGGGCAUUGCAGGAAUCAUUGGCGAGUGAGCUCGCAGCCAGGAUGAAUGCAAUGAGUAAUGCUACUGAUAAUGCGAUCGAGUUGAAGAAGAAUCUUUCCAUUGUCUACAAUCGGGAACGGCAGGCAAAAAUUACACGUGAGAUUUUGGAGAUUGUUGCUGGAGCUGAGGCACUUACCUAAAUUCAUAGUUUGAUCGUUUUCACUUCUCCUUUCUUGUAUGUUUCUUUUCUUCUAUAUCUUGUUGAUACAAAUGUUCCGAUCGGCUAAGAUACGCCAG